GUGCCAAGAGUGAAAAGAGUAAAUAAGAGGACAGCCUCACGCACGCGCGUAUACUGCACUCGUACAUAGACUGCACUCAGAUAGACUCACUACUUAGUAUAUAGUCAGUCAGUUCUCAGUCCUCACUCGGUCCUCGCGCAAAGCAAGCCAAUCAUCAUAACAACAAUCUCAUGUUGUGUAUAUAUAAUGUAACCGAGCUGCACACGAGAGAGGCUCUCGAGUCAUAACAACGGAGACUGCCAAGUUGGACUGCAGUUUUUUAAACGGCGCGAAUCGCACGCAACUACUAUACUCGACGCAAUAUAUGCAAGUUCGCAGCGUUACGCAGCUGCAUCUGAUCGAAACAGCGUCGACCUUAUCGUUUCCUCCGAGUCACCGAACAUGGAAAGCAACGAGGAAGAUUCGGCAGCUAUGGGCUUUGACGGAUUAUAAUCGCGCGUUAAGUGCACACGCAGCAGCUCAGCGUCGCAAGUGCUCGGGCAUAAUAACACCGUAGCACAACUAUCACGCAUCUAACGUUGCCACUUAAGCUUUCUCUCUUUCUCGCUCUCUACAGCAAGAUAGACAGAGAUUAAUUCGAUGAAGUACAGCUGCUGUGCUAACACAAGGAGCUGUAGCCGUUGGAGUAAAGCAGUUUGGAGGAUGAGCCUGGGUAUAUUAGUUCAAUUAACAGAGUCGAGGUGUUGUAGUGUAGCUGACGGUCGACAACGGAUCAUCCACUGAGCGUCGUGAGGUUAAACCAUCAAAAUGAAUGCUCGAACACAACUGUUUGAAUUAUCGAUGGAAGGUCGCCAAGUAGAUGAAGCAGUUGCAAGUAUUUUUCAUACAGUUCUCUUCCAUCGAUGUCUUGGAAAAUUUACUUUCAAGCAAGAAGGCAGUAAUUAUUCAGUUGGAACAGUGGGCUACCAAGAUGUCGAUUGUAAUUUCAUUGACUUUACAUAUGUCUGCUGCUCAUCUGUCCAUUUAGAUCAACAUCUUAAGAAAGGAAUCAAUGGUUUCUCUGAAGCUUUACGUGCUACAGGCAGUCAAGGUCAUGGACAAAUAUCAUUAGAGUUUUUUCAAAAGAAAAAAAAUCGUUGGCCAUUCACAUAUGAAAGUAUACCUUGGGAAGUGUGGACUGUUCGACUAGAGUUGAUCAAACUAGCAACUGAGCAUGAACGCAUGAUUUGUCGUGAAAAAGUUGGUGAUCUUCUAGCUGAUAAGAUUCUUAACAUUACUGACAUUAUGAACAGACACGACUAUUUGCCAAAAAUUCCUACGCAAACAGAACUUGAUCUCAUAUUUGACACUAGCUUUCCAGAUGUUCAACCCUAUCUUUUCAAAUUAUCUUUUACAACUUCUGAACCUACUAAUAACACUAUGGGCAAUACAAUGAAGAAGCUGAUCAAAGAGACUAUGUCAAUUUAGUACAAAAAUUUGUGCUCUGAAGUGGCUCUUGGAGGUUUUUUUAAUUUGUUGCUUAAUAUUUAACUGUCUUGUAAUGAGUAGAGAUUGUCUGUGCAAUAGCUUGCUACAUUUAUAAGUAAUUGAAGAAUUAGUUUCAUGUCAAGUUUUUUGUUGACAUUUGAUACUGUGACAAUGUAAAUUGUCCAAGAGCCUAAAAAAAUUGACAUUCACUGUCCUGAUAAUUUAUGUUAACAAAUAAUCAGUAAGUUUUUAUCAAACAGCAAAAAUCAUUCAUUUUUAUCAGAUCAGAGCUUAUAAUCAAAUCAUUCAGAUGUAAAAAAACGUUUGACAACAACAAUUUUCAUUUAAAUCCUUAAAAUAGUAGUCAUUGUGACAGAUUUUAACUGCAGCUCAUUUAUUUAAGAUAAAGUAAUUUUUAAUGACACAGAGUACAAAUGGUACCGAAAUACAUAUUAUUUUAUACAAAAAAUUUACUGCUAGGCAAUGUAAAAGUGUGCAUGUAAAAAUGAUAACUGCAAGCUAUAUUUUGUAGGCAAAGGGUAUUAAUUAUUGUAAAGAAAAAUUGAUGCUAGCAUUACAGUUUGAUAUUUUACAAUUGUUCAUUCAACAAAAUUUUAAUUGUAUGUAUACAUAAAACGGCACUGAAAAUUGCGUAUUAAAAAGUUUCUUUCGUGGUUCAUUUUCAUUUAGUUAAAAGUGACCAUAAUUUCUAUUGGUUUUUACAAUCAUAUAGGUUUUUUUAUUAAAAAUAAUCUUGUUCCUUUUAGAGAAAUUCAUAGAAUAACAUACUCUUUAAGCAAUUUUCUGUUGUAUUUUAGAUUUAAAAAGUCUAUUUCAACUAAUGAAUAUGGAUCAAUUGAUUAAAACAAUUGAAUUUCAUUUAUUGGCAAGUACUUAAAAUAAUUGAAAACUAGUUUAAAUAACAUUUGAAAUUAUUUAGUAAAUUCAGUUUCAUUGGCAUCUGAUCUGAGAUUAUCUACAUUAGAGAGUUCAAUAUUUUUUAACAAAAAUUAAGGUUUUAUAAUUGUUAUUAUUAAUUAAAUGAGGCAAAAAUAUUACAUUUCAUAAAAUCUAUAGUAAUAAGGUAUAUUUCAUAAAUCAAACGUUUUCAAGAUGAUAUAUUGAAAACAAAUGACCAUUAACAUACUUGACCUGAUACAUCAUUGUAAAAAAGGUUGAUACGUUUUUUGCAUACAACAGGUAAAAAUGUAAAAUACGAGUGAAUUUUUUUCAACAAAUGUGUAAAGUUUUAAAAAAAGAUUACACUAAAG